UUUUAUUGAUCUCUCAAGAUGAAAAAAGUAAUCGUGGAUUGCGACGCGGGGUAUGAUGAUGCAGUCGCUCUGGUGCUGUUGAUUGCAGCACACAAACAGAACCAAGUAGAAAUAAAAGCUAUUACGUGUGUGAAUGGGAAUGUAAAAGUCGAUCAUGUCGUGAACAAUGUUUUUAGAACGCUUGAAGCUUGUAAUGCACUUGAUAUUCCAGUCUAUAAAGGAGCGCAUUCUGCUCUCAUCGCUGCAGAGACAUCGAAAAAAGCUGAGGAAAUUCGUUACCACGGGCGUGAUGGCUUUGGAGAUGUUUUCACGAAUACUGCAGACGUCAGUAAACUUCAGCUGGAACACGCAGUUGUGGCUAUCCAUAAAUUAAUAACUGAAAAUCCCAAUGAAAUUUCUGUUGUUUGUUUGGGUCCCCUCACGAACAUCGCUCUUGCAAUUAAAGUCUACCCUGAAAUUCUGGAUAUUAUCAAGGAAUUUUACAUCAUGGGAGGCAACUCAACAGCUGUAGGAAACGCCUCCUGCCAAGCGGAAUUCAAUUUCUUCGCAGAUUGUGAGAGCGUCCACAUCGUUCUGGGGAGUAAUAUCAAACCCCUGUGGUUACUUCCAUGGGAAACAUGUAUUAAAUCUACGAUAACACACCACUGGAGGGAUAAUAUCCUUGGGAAGGAGCUCACCAAAGUAGUUGAACUGAUAAAUAAAGUGGAAGGGGGAGUCUACUUAAAACAGACGAAAAAAGAGUUCUACAGACCCUGUGAUGCCUUUACAGCAGCUGUUCUCCUGAAUCCCGACCUAGUGAUUAAGAAAACGGACUAUCACGCAGACAUCGAGCUCCGGGGGACGAGGACAAGGGGCCAGGUGGUGCUGGAUCACCUCCAGCAGAACGAGCCGAAUGUCCACUUGAUCGAGGAGAUCGACUUCAGGAAAUUCGAGGAACUGAUGUUUUCUGCUUUUACUUUUUCAUUUUGAAUUCAUCAGAGCUAAAUAUUUAACCAAAUUUUGUUCAUUGGAAAAUUUUCCUGACCGUAAAUGGAAAAUUUAAAUUAUGCCAACUUUUUUUGUACUUUCAGAUCCUAUUUUUAUUGUACUUGCAUCAAGCCUUAACAAUAAAAUAUUUCCUCGUAUACCAUAA